AUGAGCGAACCGCAGAUCGUAUUCGAAAAUGUCGUCAAGAAUUUCGGCCAGGUGUUAGCGGUUGAACGCAUAAACCUAACAGUGCACGCCGGUGAGUUUCUGGGAAUAAUGGGGUCAAGCGGUUGUGGAAAAACAACCAUUCUACGCAUGCUGGCUGGCCUCGAAACGCCAACGGAAGGCGAAAUUCGAUUGAACGGCAAACGAAUCAAUGAACUGAAGCCUUCUGAACGGGAGACUCCCAUGGUGUGGCAGACACUGGCACUUUUCCCGUUUCUAUCGGUACAGCAAAACGUCGAGUUCGGACUGAAAACCAGAGGCAUCGGGGAACCCGAACGAAAACGAAGAGCCAUGCAAUGGCUAGAACGAAUGGAAAUUCCCGAACUUGCAAACCGGCGAAUUGAUCAAUUGUCCGGCGGUCAGAAGCAGCGCGUGGCGCUCGCUCGAGCACUUGUCACAGAGCCGCCAGUUUUGCUGCUUGACGAACCGUUGAGCGCACUGGAUGCGAACCUUGUUGUGCGAAUGCAAGGUGUUCUCUCCCGCUUGCAGAAAGAACUCGGCAUCACUUUUAUUUAUGUCACCCAUAGUCAAUCUGAAGCGUUCGCUAUGACCGACCGCGUGGUCAUUAUGAGCAAAGGGCAUAUAGAACAAAUCGCGACUGCACAAGAAAUUUUUCGACGACCAGCCAAUCGUUUUGUUGCAAAGUUCGUCGGAUCAAAUAAUAUUCUGACAGGCAAGAUCACAAAAAUUGAGCACGACCUGUUGACUAUUGACACAAACAUCGGCCAAGUAACGGCAACAGUUCCAGAAAAGCGAAAGUUCAGGGUCGCAGAAGAUGCUGAAAUUGUCAUUAGCGCAGAUUUGAUUUCACUGAGUUCAAAUUCAACGGGGGCCGUCAAUGAAUUUCCCUGCAACUUGAUUAGCGAGGAAUUCGUCGGAUCAAUCAUCGGACUUCUCGUAGAAACUCGAAACGGAGUUGAAAUGAAAAUCCAAAAACAGCAGCACGAAAUUGAGCAGUUGCGAUUGCAUAGCGAUCAGAACCUGUGGAUACGCUGGCAGCCACAAAACGCAUAUAUAUUGCCGCCUCAAACCACUUAA